AACAAAACAAACCAUAGUGUCCUUAGCUGCUAAGAAAUGGAUACUAUUUAAACCAUCGAUUUCUCCUCCUUUCGUUCAUCCCUGAAAUCACAAACAAAGCGAUCACCCCAACAAAGUCACUGCGCGAUGGAGCAAGCACUCCUCUCUGAAGAGGAGGUAGAGCAGAAGGGAGAGGAGAAAUGGAGGGUGUACCAGUCCUUGGGAAGGAGUGCUUCUGUCCACGUCCCGACCUCUCUAUCUGGUCGUGGUGAAGAGGUUAGCGUGGAUGAGAUCCGAUCCGCGUCGAUUCAUUCCCAUCCCUACUAUCCGCCUUCACUCCACGGCGCGCUCGUCAGCUCUCCCGAGCCUGAUGCUCCUCCCUAUGCCUAUGAUCAGGCUAUUGUUCACCAGGGAGGCUUUGGUCAAUAUCCUAGUGGAAACAUGUCAAGAGAAUUUGGAAGGAAAAUAUUAGAUGAGGUGGAGAUCCGACAGUUACUUAUUGAUCAUGUUGGGCACCGUUGCUGCUGGGGAAGCCGUCCAGCUCGGAGAUGGAAAAUUGCUGCUGUUGAGGACUGCAAUGUGUAUGUAGGAACCCUAGAGACUUUUAUGGAGGAGAGGGAAAUUGUCAAGGAGAGGGAACCAUAUCUCAAAGGAGAAAUUGAUGAGAAGGACAAAGGACCAGAACUUGGUGUUUGGGAAUUGGAUCUGAGGUCUGAAUUUCCACUCCUCUUUGUGUCACACAAAGAAACAAAGGUUAAAGUUCCUCAUUCUGAAUCCAUUCAGAAAUGCACAGAAUGUGAGGGGCGAGGAGAAAUAGCCUGCCAUACUUGCAAUGCCAAUCAAGAACCUGGAUUUUACAAGGAAAAACAGAUGAGUAGGUGCCCUGCUUGUCAUGGGAGGGGUUUAAUAGCACAUCAAGAUGGUUCUGAUACAACAUGUACAAAAUGUAAUGGCAAGGGACUGCUACCUUGUGCAACAUGUGGCUCGCGUGGUUUAAUUAAGUGUGAGACAUGCAUGGGGCGGGGUUCAAUUCUAACACGCAGCAUUGCACUUGUCAAUUGGAGGACAUUGUCAAACCGGAAAGUUAGUGCUACCACCGCUGCGGCUUCAGUUCCUGACGAAGUGUUCCACAAGGCCAGGGGAGUCCAGCUUUACAACACACAGUCAUACCAAUGCACCCCUGCCUACUUUGCAGAUUCUUAUUUCCUUAACCAAUUUUCGUCAGAAGUCAUUGCGGACAGAUCUCCUGUCCCUCCAUCUGCAAGGAUCAUUUGUGAGAGGCAUAUAAUAUCUGUUGUGCCUGUUACGCGAGUUACAAUGGUCCAUCGGAAGCAGUCCUUUAGCUUUUACAUAAUUGGAAUCAGCAAUGAGAUCUAUAUAAAGGACUAUCCUUCAAAAUUCUGUUGGGGCCUCUGCUGCUGUUUGGAAUGGUUGAAGAUGUAGUCACUCCAAGCCACCAUAAAUAAUGGGCAGCCAUUCUCCAUUGCUUCUCACUCUUGGUGGAUAAAUAAUGUUUAUGUUGUGAAUUGAGUGUUAUCUGUGUUGUUUUGAGUGAACCUGAAUCAUACAGAGCAGAGGUAGAGAUAUAAAGCCUUGUUGAUGUCUAUUUUGCAUAUAUGCAGUUAUACAUGUUAUGGUUUGGUAUAGGUCCCUGUUUGUAGCUGAGUCUGAUGUCUUAUUUAAAUGUAUCAGUUUCUUAUACAAUGUACUGCCCUUGCAAGAAAUGAAAUUUUGUGUGUUGUUCA